GGAAGUGUGCCGUAGGCGGGCUGAGGAAGAUGGCGGCGGCGAAGAAGAGCGUCCUGUCGUCGUUGGCGGUUUACGCGGAGGAUUCCGAGCCCGAAUCCGACAGUGAGGCCGGCGCGGCGGGGAGCGAUGGAGGGACGGCAGCGGAAGAAAAAGGAGGUCUGGUGUCAGAAGCAUAUGGUGAAGAUGAUUUCACCCGGUUGGAAGGAGAUGAGGAUGGGUAUGAGGAAGAGGAUGAUGAAAACAGCAGACAUUCAGAAGAUGACGAUUCAGAGACUGAAAAACCUGAGGCUGGUGACCUGAAGGAGUUCUCAGAACUGGAGAAGAGAGAUCCCCAGGAGCUAGUUGCCUCCUUCUCAGAGCGAGUAAGAAAUAUGUCUCCAGAUGAGAUCAAAAUCCCUCCAGAACCCCCAGGCAGGUGUUCAAACCACUUACAGGAUAAGAUUCAAAAGUUGUACGAUAGGAAGAUGAAAGAGGGCAUGGACAUGAACUACAUCAUUCAGAGGAAGAAGGAAUUUCGUAAUCCCAGCAUCUAUGAAAAGCUGAUCCAGUUUUGUGCCAUCGACGAACUUGGUACGAAUUAUCCCAAGGACAUGUUUGACCCUCAUGGGUGGGCUGAGGACUCCUACUAUGAGGCACUAGCCAAAGCACAGAAGAUUGAAAUGGACAAAUUGGAAAAGGCCAAGAAGGAGCGCACAAAGAUUGAGUUUGUGACUGGCACUAAGAAGGGCACAACAACAAAUGCUUCAUCCACCACAACCACGACAGUCAGCACUGCCGUUGGAGAUGCUCAAAAGAGAAAGAGUAAGUGGGACUCCGCCAUCCCGGUAACAACAAUAGCUCAGCCCACCAUCCUCACCACCACUGCGACGUUGCCAGCUGUUGUCACAGUAACCACCAGUGCAAGCGGCUCCAAAACCACAGUUAUCUCUGCUGUUGGCACCAUAGUGAAAAAAGCAAAGCAGUGACAAGUGCAUUGAGACUUGACCUGGGCUUCCAGACUGAAUUCUCAUUGAAGGCACCACCCUUUGAAGGGGAGGAGGAGAGGGUCACUCUUAUUUGCUCAGUACAAAAUGGCAAGACUUGAAAACAGAUCAACAUGCGCCGCCUCCUCCCCCCCCCCCAAUUAAGGGAAGUGGGGGAAGCAGGAACAUCAGGUGUGUGCACACAGGACUGACUUUCAUAGAAAGGAGUUUCGCCAUCCCGUGUCACUGCUGAAAUGACCAGUCGCUCUGUAGUGCGGACAAUGGUGUGCAAUGUGUCAGCUUGUAAACAUUAGCUCAUUUAAGUGCUGUAUUGUUAUUACUUUUAUGGCUUGGAGAGUCUUAUCCCUACUGGAAAUCUGAAUUUUAAAAAUAAAUGGGAAAAUGUCAGUCA